AUGGCAGACAAACUUGGACAUCUGGCUUGGAGCGGCUUCAAGCUCACAUUUGGACUUGUCAGCCUUGCUGGAGCAUGGACAAUGGCGGUCGUCAAGAACGGUGCUCUUUGGGCAAAGGAUACCCAAGAAGAGAAGCGGGAGUUGGCUGCUGCGCAAGAGAGGUUUUGGAGUCUCGAUCGAGAGCCUCUGCCAGGCUUCAAGCAUUCUUUCUUCGAGACCACCACUGGCACGAGUCUGCACUAUGUCAUUAACCAAGGCGCUGAAUCAUCAACGGCAAAGAAUGUUGCUGUCUUCAUACAUGACUCCUUCCUCGUCUGGCGACACCUCCUCCAAUCUGCGUCUCUACAGAAGGACACCAUCCUGAUAGCCGUCGAUCUUCCUGGCUACGGCGGCUCCGAUAGUCUGCCCGCAUACGGCCCGAACGAAGUACUCGAAGCGCUGAGCGAGUUCAUUGUCGGCAUCAGAGAGCAAUUUCUGCAGCAAGGCAAAAAGACAGUUGUAGUCACACACGACUGGGGUGCCGUCAUUGGUGCGCGACUGGCGUCCGAGGCACAUGUGCUAGCAGACCACUGGAUCAUUACAGGCGGUAUUAUCCCUGGUCUACAACGUUCAAAUGGGAGGAAUAGGAUACUGUUGGCCAAGCAGAUGCUGAGGACAUGGAUUCGCUCGCCAUUCAACUUUCGUCUGUUCAAAAACGGCAUACAUGCGCUAGGCCCUGUGGCUGGGCAAUUCCGACGCUCUUUCUACAUCUUCGUAUUCCAUCUACCGUGGCCUCUAAACAAUACCUUCGCAACUUUCGGCAAUUACUGGUUCUUGCGCAUUCUCCACAGCUUCGGCAAGGGCACGCCGGGAAAGAGCAAGACCCCUGCUGUCUUAAAUCCUAUAGAAGCUGCCGAGGCCAUGGCGAUUUCGACUGGUCCUGGAAGCGCUCAGUUGGAGAAGACGAACAGUAACAACGAAAGGUAUGGCGAAUCCGUCAAGAGGAGAGUAGGCGACCGUGGCAUGUCCGAGAAAAUUCGCAUCUAUCGGGAAAACCUUGUCUUUGGAAAGUGGGAGAAGUCGCUCGAGAUUACUGCCGCUUUGUACAACAUCUCAUCCGAAGCUAGCUCUUCACAAUCUCUAUCCCCGUCAGGCACCCUUUCCAACAUGGCACCCGAGGGUGCGCUGAAGGCCCCUUCGACGUUGAUGAUGGGACUUCAUGAACCGGCAUUUGACCAACGCCUCUCCCUCGACAACGCUCGAGACUAUCUGGUCAAAGGAAGCCAGGUGGUAAUCAUCAAGGAAGCGGGUCAUUGGCUACCGCUCGAGCAUACAGGUAGACGCGCAAUGGAGAAGACGUUGCAGUGGGCGUUGCACAACGGUGCGGGAGGAGAAACGAUACCCUUUGAGUCGAUGAGCGAUGUACGCAUUUUGGAGGCUUUGUAA